AUGGUCGUAGGUGGUCCGUCGCAUGGCGUGGGUAUCGCUGGAGAAUAUAUUCAAGGAGGAGGACACUCUUUACUUUCUGCUAUCGCAGGCAUGGCCUUUGACAACGAGCUGAAGUUUACUGUGGGUACCGCCGAUUUAUUACAGGUUACAGUACAAGCCUUUGAUGAAUUGCCCUUUAUUAGUUUUUCUCUGGCUGGCUUCGCAUCUUUCGGUGCAGAGGGCUACUGGAAGGCAGUGGAGCGUUUCCACGUAUUUCUCCCCAAAUUUAGCCUGGCUGAUGGCAGUAUGUAUUACUGGUUGAUGCCCGAUCUUGAAGAUAGUAGCUUCGGCCAUGUGUCUGAAAUGACUGCUUCUGGUGGCUUUGUGACAGUCGCUCUGCGCAGCUUGCGCAUAUAUUCCGGCAAUACAGUUCAAGGCCAAAAUGUUGUCCAGGGUCUUGUCGUAGCAGGCCCGGCCGUGUGGGCAAAUGCGGACAAGAUUGACAGUGCGCUGCACCCUAUCUGGCGGAAGGCGCUGCUGCAAAUCGUCCUAGCACUUGAAUGGAACGAUGGCACAUCAAUCGCGGAUCAGCGAGAAAUACAGAAGAACUUGAUAGAGGUGGAAAUUCCAAUUUUGAAGAAGCCAGUCCGGACGGCGGCACGUACCUAA